AUGGUCGAUCAGCAGUUUCUGACUGAACCUCCGCCUUUGAGCGACGAUAUCCGAUUCGAGAUCUACUAUGGAGUAUCCUCUCCUUGGGCGUUGUUAGGUGCACCUGAAGCGGAGCGCAUAGCGAACAGAUACGGCGUGACUAUCCACUUGAAACCUAUAGUAGUUGUAGAAGAGAAUGGUGGUAUACGUUUGAAAACUCGACAUCCUGCACGACAGGCAUAUCAUGCCUUAGACCUAUAUCGAGCUGCAAAAUCACUCAAUGUACCUAUGAAAUCUCAACCCAAGUAUUAUCCCCAACCAGCCGGUACGAUUGAAAUAGCUGGACAAGCUAUAAUACGCAUUCAACAGAAAUAUGGUAUUGGUUCAAAUGAAGCUUUAGGUUUCAGCUAUGCAAUACAACGAUGUAUUUGGAUCACUGAGGAGGGCGAUCAUUCAAGAGUAGAAACCUUACAGGAUAUAGCUAGGAAACACGGAUUUGAUGAGCACACCGUCCGGUCUUGUGUGGUAGACAGAAGGGGUGAUGAAGAGGAUGAAGCUGUUAAAGAAUGGACUCAAAAUCACGAAGAAGCUGUCCAAUUAGGUAUAUUCGGUACACCAAAUUACGUUGUGAACGGAGAAAUCUUCUGGGGUCAAGAUAGGUUGAAUUCUGUAGAAAUGAGGAUCAAAGAAUUAGUAGAAAACGGUGCCAAGCCUGUGAAGUAUCAGCGAUAG